CGAGCCGCGGUUUGUAAAUCGUCCUCUCGGCGGGAGGAGCUCUUUAUUCGAUCUCCAUUGGAGACGCGCGUGCGCCGGGAUCGGGGAAGCGCGUGAGUGAGUGAGCUCGAGCGCUGUGGCUGAGGCUCUGGCGGCGGCGUUGAGUCCGAGUGUGUGCUGAGCCCUCGGGGUUUUUUUUUUAAACAGUGCGAAGAAGAAGCGCAAACACACGCUUUACACUCGCACUUCUCCGGCUGAGGCAGAAACAAGUUUUCUCUUCCUCGCGGAGAUCCAUCAAAAAGGACAUUCUCUGAACGUACUUAUCCACGGCCUGCAAAAAAAAUCAUGUCGGCCUCAACGGCGAAAGUGAGCAGAAAGGAGCAGAACUCGAACCAUGACGGAGCGGACGAAACCUCUGAGAAAGAGCAACAGGAAGCUAUCGAACAUAUCGACGAAGUACAGAACGAAAUUGACAGAUUGAAUGAACAGGCAAGUGAGGAAAUCUUGAAGGUAGAACAGAAAUACAACAAGCUGCGCCAGCCUUUCUUCCAGAAGCGGUCAGAACUGAUAGCCAAAAUCCCAAACUUCUGGGUCACAACAUUUGUCAACCAUCCACAAGUCUCUGCUCUCCUUGGUGAGGAGGACGAGGAAGCACUGCAUUAUCUGACCCGGGUCGAGGUGACAGAGUUUGAAGACAUCAAGUCAGGUUACAGAAUAGAUUUUUACUUUGAUGAGAAUCCCUACUUUGAAAACAAAGUCCUGUCCAAAGAGUUUCAUUUGAAUGAGAGUGGAGACCCAUCCUCAAAGUCAACAGAGAUCAAAUGGAAAACAGGGAAGGAUCUGACAAAGCGUGCCAGCCAGACACAGAAUAAGGCUGGAAAGAAGAGGCAACACGAAGAGCCAGAGAGCUUCUUCACCUGGUUCACAGACCACUCUGAUGCUGGUGCUGAUGAGCUGGGCGAGGUCAUCAAGGAUGACAUCUGGCCAAAUCCGUUACAGUACUAUCUGGUCCCUGACAUGGAUGAUGAGGAAGGUGAGGGUGAGGAUGAUGAUGACGAUGAAGAAGAGGAGGAAGGGUUAGAGGACAUUGAUGAGGAAGGUGACGAAGAUGAUGGAGAGGAAGAUGAUGAUGAUGAUGAGGGAGAGGAAGGCGAGGACGACGGUGAAGAUGACUAAACCCGACGACGAAAGAUUCCACCUUCAUCCUUACCCAUUCUUUCCCUUUUAAUUUUCCUCUAAUCCUUGGGAGCAAGAUGCAUUGUUGGAUUUUUUCUUUGUGUGUGUAUGUAUGCGAGUGUGUGUGCUGUCCAUGUUCUACUGAAGCCUCUCCUGUCAAUGCCAUGUCUAAUACCGCUCUAUUCCCAGGAUGGACUUGCAUCAAAGCUAGUGGAAAUAUGUCGCUGAGGGUCCCAUAUGUCAUCUCCACUAUCCUUCCAUCUGAAGACCAAUAAAGAUUAACAAUCUGCACGCCAUGUUAUGUAGACUACAGUUAAAUAGCAAUUUAUAAAUAAAUAUAUAUAAUUUUUGUUUAAGGUUGUGAAUUAAAUAAAAGCCAUGGUGCAGUGAUGACCUGCUAGUUCUAGCAUCCCUCUCAAUUUUUUUUUUUAAUGUAUAAAUACUUUUCAAUACAGGUGUGGCCCCCAGUUUUUCCCAUUUUGUGUUCUUUCCCCCUCUGGCCCCAUGUGAAUAAUCAGGCAAAUAGAACACACCAGCUUGUUCCUGUCUCUUGUAAUGUUUGGGGGAGGGCGGGGUUAUUCUAGACUGUUUAUUGGGGAGGGGGCUGUGGGAGGCAGAUGGGCAUUUUGACACAUCAACAUUUCUGGGUUUAUGUUGAUAUGUUUUUCAUUGUAAUGUUUUACAGACACCCAUGAGGUUUGAAAUUACAUUUUUAAUAAAGGAAAAAAAACAACAAAAAAACUCCUGUAAUUUUGAGCCAUGCUGCUUUAUGGAAUAUUUAAUAAAGCAAAUGCAUAUUCCUGUAGAA